AUGCCUCCGCUGGAAUUUGAGAUUCUCAACGAGUGCCACAACUGGGUGAAUGAAAACGAAGACAUCCACGUUGAUCUCAUUGUUUAUCUCCGGGCAAGCCCUGAAGUCUGUUCUAAAAGAAUCCAGAAACGAAACAGAUCAGAAGAAGCUGGUGUUCCCAUGGAAUACUUGGAGAGUCUCCACCGACUGCACGAUGAGUGGUUACUGCACGGCAAGAGGGGGAAGCUUCCAGCUCCUGUUCUGGUUAUAGAUGCUGACAAGGAUCACUCAGAGCUGCAGACAAAGCUAGAGAGUCUGAGGCAGGACAUUCUCGGCGGGCUGGCGGAAACACUUUCAUUUUCUGAUGACAGCGACAGUAGCUGA